GACGAGCGUCUGUGGAGAAGCGGCGUCCUCCGCGGCUCGUCUCGUGGGCCCCGCCGCCGAAGUCGCCUGCCAGGGUUCUCGAGCCCCUUCACGACCGUCACCAUGGAGGUGUCGCCGCUGCAGCCUGUAAAUGAAAAUAUGCAAAUCAGCAAAACAAAGAAAAAUGAAGAUGCUAAGAAAAGACUGUCUGUUGAGAGAAUCUAUCAAAAGAAAACUCAACUGGAACACAUUUUGCUCCGCCCAGACACCUACAUUGGCUCUGUGGAAUUGGUGACCCAGCAAAUGUGGGUUUAUGAUGAAGAUGUUGGCAUUAACUAUAGGGAAGUGACGUUUGUUCCUGGUUUGUACAAAAUCUUUGAUGAGAUUCUAGUCAAUGCUGCAGACAACAAACAAAGGGACCCCAAGAUGUCUUGUAUUAGAGUCACAAUUGACCCGGAAAACAAUUUAAUUAGCAUAUGGAAUAAUGGAAAAGGUAUACCUGUUGUGGAACACAAAGUUGAGAAGAUGUAUGUCCCAGCUCUCAUCUUUGGACAACUCCUAACUUCUAGUAACUAUGAUGAUGAUGAAAAGAAAGUUACAGGUGGUCGAAAUGGCUAUGGAGCCAAGUUGUGUAACAUAUUCAGUACCAAAUUUACUGUGGAAACAGCUAGUAGAGAAUACAAGAAAAUGUUUAAGCAGACAUGGAUGGAUAACAUGGGCAAAGCUGGUACAAUGGAACUCAAGCCUUUUAGUGGAGAAGAUUAUACAUGUAUUACCUUUCAACCUGAUUUAUCAAAGUUCAAAAUGCAAAGCCUGGACAAAGAUAUUGUUGCAUUGAUGUUUAGAAGAGCAUAUGAUAUUGCUGGGUCCACUAAAGAUGUGAAAGUGUUUCUCAAUGGGAAUAAGCUGCCAGUAAAAGGAUUCCGUAGCUAUGUGGAUAUGUACUUGAAGGAUAAGGUAGAUGAAACUGGUAAUCCACUGAAAAUUAUCCAUGAACAAGUAAACCCCAGAUGGGAAGUAUGUUUGACAAUGAGUGAAAAGGGUUUUCAGCAGAUUAGCUUUGUCAACAGCAUUGCUACUUCCAAGGGUGGCAGACAUGUUGAUUAUGUAGCUGAUCAGAUUGUGACUAAACUUGUUGAUGUUGUGAAGAAAAAGAACAAGGGAGGUGUUGCAGUAAAAGCACAUCAGGUGAAAAAUCAUAUGUGGAUUUUUGUGAAUGCCUUAAUUGAAAACCCAACCUUUGACUCUCAGACAAAGGAAAACAUGACUUUACAGGCCAAGAGCUUUGGAUCAACUUGCCUGUUAAGUGAAAAAUUCAUCAAAGCUGCAAUUGGCUGUGGCAUUGUAGAAAGCAUAUUAAACUGGGUAAAGUUUAAGGCCCAAGUCCAAUUAAACAAGAAGUGUUCGGCUGUCAAACACAACAGAAUCAAAGGAAUUCCUAAACUUGAUGAUGCAAAUGAUGCAGGAGGCCGAAACUCCACUGACUGUACACUUAUCCUGACUGAGGGAGACUCAGCUAAAACAUUGGCUGUUUCGGGCCUUGGUGUGGUUGGCAGAGACAAAUAUGGGGUAUUCCCACUUAGAGGAAAAAUACUCAAUGUUCGAGAAGCUUCUCAUAAGCAGAUAAUGGAAAAUGCUGAAAUUAACAGUAUCAUCAAGAUUGUGGGUCUUCAGUACAAGAAAAACUAUGAAGAUGAAGAUUCGUUAAAGUCUCUCCGUUAUGGGAAGAUAAUGAUUAUGACAGAUCAGGACCAAGACGGCUCUCAUAUUAAAGGCUUGCUAAUUAAUUUUAUCCAUCACAAUUGGCCCUCUCUUCUGCGACAUCGGUUUCUGGAAGAAUUCAUCACUCCCAUUGUAAAGGUAUCUAAAAACAAACAAGAAAUAUCAUUUUAUAGCCUGCCUGAAUUUGAAGAAUGGAAGAGUUCUACUCCAAACCAUAAAAAAUGGAAAGUCAAGUAUUACAAAGGUUUGGGUACUAGCACAUCAAAAGAAGCUAAAGAAUACUUUGCCGAUAUGAAACGACAUCGCAUCCAAUUCAAAUAUUCUGGUCCUGAAGAUGAUGCUGCAAUUAGCCUAGCCUUUAGCAAAAAACAGAUAGAUGAUCGAAAGGAAUGGCUAACUCAUUUCAUGGAGGAUAGAAGACAACGAAAGCUACUUGGCCUUCCUGAGGAUUACCUGUAUGGCCAAACUACUACAUAUCUGACAUACAAUGACUUCAUAAACAAGGAACUUAUCCUGUUCUCGAAUUCUGAUAACGAGAGAUCUAUCCCAUCAAUGGUAGAUGGUUUGAAACCAGGACAGAGAAAAGUUUUGUUUACAUGUUUCAAACGGAAUGACAAACGAGAGGUCAAGGUAGCUCAGUUAGCUGGGUCGGUGGCUGAGAUGUCUUCUUAUCAUCAUGGUGAGAUGUCACUGAUGAUGACCAUUAUCAAUUUGGCACAGAAUUUUGUGGGUAGCAAUAAUUUGAACCUUUUGCAGCCCAUUGGUCAGUUUGGUACCAGGCUGCAUGGUGGCAAGGAUUCUGCUAGUCCUCGAUACAUCUUCACAAUGCUCAGCCCUUUAGCUAGGUUGUUAUUUCCACCAAAAGAUGAUCAAACAUUGAAGUUCUUAUAUGAUGACAACCAGCGUGUUGAGCCUGAAUGGUAUAUUCCUAUUAUACCUAUGGUGCUGAUAAAUGGUGCUGAAGGGAUUGGUACCGGGUGGUCCUGUAAGAUCCCUAACUUUGAUGUUCGUGAAGUUGUAAAUAACAUCAGACGUUUGAUGGAUGGAGAAGAGCCUUUGCCAAUGCUGCCAAGUUACAAGAACUUUAAGGGUACAAUUGAAGAGCUGGCUCCAAAUCAGUAUGUCAUUAGUGGUGAAGUAGCUGUUCUUAAUUCCACAACCAUUGAAAUCUCAGAGCUUCCAGUCAGAACAUGGACCCAAACAUACAAAGAACAAGUUCUAGAACCCAUGUUGAAUGGCACCGAGAAGACACCUCCUCUCAUAACAGACUAUAGGGAAUACCAUACAGAUACUACUGUGAAGUUUGUUGUGAAGAUGUCUGAAGAAAAACUAGCCGAAGCAGAGAGGGCUGGACUACACAAAGUUUUCAAACUCCAAACUAGUCUCACAUGCAACUCUAUGGUGCUUUUUGACCAUGUAGGCUGUUUAAAGAAAUAUGAGACAGCACUGGAUAUUCUAAGAGACUUCUUUGAACUCAGGCUGAAGUAUUAUGGGUUAAGAAAAGAAUGGCUUCUAGGAAUGCUUGGUGCUGAAUCUGCGAAGCUGAACAAUCAGGCUCGCUUUAUCUUAGAGAAAAUAGAUGGCAAAAUAAUCAUCGAAAAUAAGCCUAAAAAGGAAUUAAUUAAAGUUCUGAUUCAGAGGGGAUAUGAUUCAGAUCCUGUGAAGGCUUGGAAAGAAGCUCAGCAAAAGGUUCCAGAUGAAGAAGAAAAUGAAGAGAGUGACAGUGAAAAGGGAACUGACAGGACUGACUCUGUUGCAGAUUCUGGACCUACCUUCAACUACCUUCUUGAUAUGCCUCUCUGGUAUCUAACCAAGGAAAAGAAAGAUGAACUGUGCAAACAAAGAAAUGAAAAAGAGCAAGAACUAGAAAUAUUAAAGAAAAAGAGUCCAUCAGAUUUGUGGAAAGAAGACUUGGCUGCUUUUAUUGAAGAACUGGAGGUUGUUGAAGCCAAGGAAAAACAAGAUGAACAAAUUGGACUGCCUGGAAAAGGAGGGAAAGCAAAAGGGAAAAAAGCACAAGCACAAAUGACCGAAGUUCUACCUUCUCCAAGCGGAAGAAGAGUCAUCCCUCAAGUGACUUCAGAGAUGAAAGCAGAAGCAGAGAAGAAAAAUAAAAAGAGAAUUAAGAAUGAAAAUGUUGAUGGAAUCCCUCAAGAGGAUGGUAUGGAAAUGGAAGGCCUUAAAAAAAGAAUAGAGAAGAAAAGAGAAACAGGUACCAAGGCAAAGAAACAAACUACAUUGCCAUUUAAACCAAUCAAAAAGGGCAAGAAGAGAAACCCUUGGUCUGAUUCCGAAUCAGAUAUGAGCAGUACUGAAAGUAAUUUCGAUGUUCCUCCACGAGAAACGGAACCACGAAGGGCAGCAGCAAAAACCAAAUUCACCAUGGAUUUAGAUUCAGAUGAAGAUUUCUCAGAUUUUGAAGAGAAAGAUGAAGAUUUUGUCCCAUCAGAUGCUAGUCCACCUAAGACCAAAACUUCCCUAAAACAUACCAACAAAGAAGUGAAACCACAGAAAAGUACCCCACCAUCAGACCUUGAUACUGAUGAUGCCAAGAUCAAUGUACCACUUUCUUCAAGCCCUCCUGCUACUGAUAAUCCAGCAGAAACUGAAAUUAUUAAACCUGUUCCUAAAAAGAAUGUGACAGUGAAGAAGACAGCAGCAAAAAGUCAGUCUUCCACUAGCACUGCAGGUACCAAAAAAAGGGCUGCUCCAAAAGGAACGAAAAAAAAACCAGACCUAGAUUCUGACAUGUCUCAAAAGCCUAAUCCCCCCAAAACCAAGAUAAGUCGCAAAAGGAAGCCAUCGACUUCUGAUGAUUCUGACUCUAAUUUUGAGAAAAUUGUUUCUAAAGCUGUCACGAGCAAGAAAUCUAAGGGGGACAAUGAUGACUUCCAUCUGGACACAGACUUGGCGCCUCGUGCAAAAUCUGUACGGGCAAAAAAACCUAUCAAGUACCUUGAAGAAUCAGAUGAAGAUGAUCUGUUUUAAAAUGUGAGGUGACUACUGUUAGUAUUGGUCUUAUUAAGCCCAAGAUAGGGCUUGCUUUUGAUCUCCCUCUUUGAAUUUAAGGAAUUUGAAUUAUCAGGAAAGAUAAUCCAAAACCGUCAAAGUCAAGUGCCCCUUCUCUCUUUAUAAUACUGUCUAAAUAUUAUAGACAUCUGUUGUGUGUUGUUUUCCUCUCUGUCUUGUCUGUUUUGAGUCUGUUUUUUGUCUUUAAACUCUGCUUUUCAUUUCUCCUGAAAUUCAGAGAUAGUUGUCUGUUCACUCCAGUAUUUACUUUGCCUCCUUUCCAUCUUUCAGUAAAUAUGAGGUAGCACAUAAUUCUCUUAAUUUAGCUGUAUAGGUAAUUUUCCAUCAGUUGGGAGUUUAUAGUUCUAGUACAAGUAAUCCCCACUUAGCCCUUUUGUGCUGAAUAUUUGUUCAAGCAGUAAGAAGUUGUUCCUGUUCUUCAUUUUUUUAAAUAUCAUCAGAGGCUGAAGAAAAACAACCUGACUCAUUUAAAGAUAUAUUUGAUGUUAUAUCCAUUUUGGGAAAUCUUAAUUUUUCAACUUGUAAAUGUUUAUAUAGCCCUUUCCACCUUGUUAUGUGUGUGUAAAAUGAGUGGUGUUGUCAAUGUUUUUGUAAAUAUUUACUAUAUUUUUCUAUUUAGCUUAAUUCUAAAAUUUUUGUACUUAAUAAAAUGUUCUAAACAUUAUAA